AGGUGCCAGUGUCAUCGGUGCUAUGCCUGUCCUCGGUCAGAGAGCUGCCGGUUCAGGUCAGGGAGCUCUAUGCGCAGGGGUUCGUCCUGGUCUCGGUGCACCCAUUCGUCCACCCCUCUGGCCCUAGCCAUGCGCACAUCCAGCGGCAGCUUCACCGGGCGGUGCUGGUCCGAGAGACGCCAAGUUCAGAGAAAAGCCAACUGAGGUGGGCGCGACACCGUCUGGAGACGGAUGUGUGUGUGGCGGGUCACCAGGCCGCAGACCCCGAAGUGAUCCAGAGCUACGUCAAGAGGAUCCAGGAUGUAGCGGAGCAAGGGAUGAUGUUUGUGGGCUUUCUUCAGCAGCCAGGUGGCGCACCCUGCUUUCUGGGGCAGUGGGACCCAGAGGAGCUUUCGUCCUUACACUCAAGCCCUUCGCCCAUACAUCGAAACCCCUUCAGCGCCACCACCAGCCCGACAGAUCUAACAGAACCACAUCAAAGUGGGGCCGAACCCGACGAUCACCCUUUUGAACCUCAAGAGUUAGAUCAUGAAAAGGGAGAAUGUAACACGCAGCCUUUGGUGCCCAGAGAACUGGACUUCAGCACUCUGAGUCCCACCCUGAGUUCAGAGCUCAGCGCAGAGGAGCCAAACGAACAGAUUCAGACCUCACACAUCAUUUUGAAAGAGUCGCUGGAAUCAACAAACCAACCUCAACAUAACAGUAAGUCUGGCGUGGACACGGAUCAGUGGUGUCCAAGUCCGAACCCAGCAGAUACCCAAGGGAGCCAGCUGCGUCUCAGAGAGCAGCAGCGUCGCGUACCAGAGCACAGAGACUCCACAGAGAAACACUUUCACCUUCCCAACCAGAGAGAAAAACGAGGUUCAAGCCCAGACGGCUGGCUCAGCUCUCCAGAACUCGAGCGCAGCCAUGAAAGAAAGUUCAGCUCGCUCUGUACGGAUAGACAAAGCAGAGAAACGACACACAACAACAACCAUAUUUGUCUUAAGAGUUCAGAGAAAGAUAAGAACACAACUUCACCACCAGCACAGGCUCGGAUGCAGCUCUUUGCCCUGUACAACCACACGGGAGAGCUGAACACUUCUCUGAGGUUCUACUCGCUGAGGGUGCCACUUCAGCUCCAGAAGGAGGCGGGGCUAAUCACAGAAGUCGAUGCGCACUGGCUCGACCACAUGACGCAGCAUUUCACCAGCGGUGCCCGCCUCAUCGACGGGUUUUUCCACCUUGGAGAUGAUAACGACACAGGCGUUUCAUCUGUGGACAGUGUCUUCAUCUUCCAGAGCUCUGCGGAGGAGACCACAGACACCUCCUACGAUGCCAUUGUGGUGGAGCAGUGGACCGUUGUUGAUGGUGUGGUGGUCAAGACAGACUACAUCCCAUUGCUCCAGUCUUUGGCUCCGUAUGGAUGGAGGCUCAUGUGUGUGUUACCCACGCCCAUUGUCAAGACCAACAGUGACGGGAGUUUGUCGACCAAGCAGAUCCUCUUCCUUCAGAGACCCAUUUUGCAACGCAAGAGAAAAGACUUCAAGAUGCUGAACCUCAGGGGUCGCAGCAAGGCAAAGAAAAACUCUCCCGGCGAGGACGAGAGAGAGAUCAGGUCCCUGAUGAUAGAGGUAGAGAUGGACAGGUUGAGAAGAAACACAAACGAGGAGGAAGCAGAGGCGAGGAGGCGCUGGGAUGGCGGAAGGAGCGAUAGGGCGAGCCUCCGGGAGCGUGGAGAGGAGUGGGAGGAGGAGGAGGAAGACGUGGGACAUCAGAGGGGCUCCGUGUUCCUAUCAGGGAGCAGGUUUUCUGUUGAGGACCAGGAGGAGGAAACUGACAUUGAUGUGAUCCCUCUGUCCAAGCAGGAAAAGUGUGUGAGAUGGACAGAUGUGUGUCAGAGAGAUGGCGGAGGGGUCAGGGAGGAGGUGAAAACGGAAGAGCGCAUCAAACAGCAGCUGUUUUCCGGCGUCUGUUGAAACCUUGGGAACAGAAAGAAUGAAACCUCCUUUAAAAGACCUAAAGAAGAGUCUUUUAAAGGAGUGUUUUGUUGAGCUGGAUUUUUAGUUCCUCUGUGGACAUUGAUAUCCUGUAUUUAUAUCACGCACUGUUACAUCAGUCUGCUCUGUUUAGGACGUGAGGCUUUCAGGUUGUAGCUCCUGUAAAAGGGGAACUUGUUGUGCAGUUUCUCUGCUUUGGGUCAGUGUUGCUGUUUGAUGUGUUUGAGAUGAAAUGAGACUGAACCACACAAAGUCUCCAGUCUGAAGCCUUAAGUAUUAUUUUCUUGCCCAUUGUUGUAUUUUACUACUUUCUUGUGAUAGGGCUGUUAGAAAGGGAGUAUUGAUUUCACUGGGCUGUUUGUAUUUUUAUAUGUUAACUAAAAAAAAGACAGGAGAAAAAAGUGUGAAGUAAACCACUUUAGAGCUCAUCUGAUAAAUCUGCAUCACGUUAUGUGUUGGCCAAUAAACCACAGUUUUACUUCAGAUAAGCCAAAGAUGUUUGAGGUAAUUUAUUAUGAGUGGAGGUGAGUUUGCUUUAAAAAUUAAAAGAAUGGAAAUACUGUAUCUGUUAACUUAUGUUUAGUCAAGAUUUUAUAAUAUUUAAUUCAUCUGGGCCAAAAGAUGACAUAAAUUAUUGAUUCUCUACACUGCAGUAAAGUAGUAUGUGGUGUAUGUAGUACGCUCUAUUGGGAAGCUAAAUGUUAAAGGGCCGGUUCAUGUAAAUACUCAUAGUAUUUUGUCAUUAGAGCCAGUGUAAAAGUAGCUCUCAACUUGGCACUUUCCUUAGAAACUCUAUCAGUUUAACGUUAAUGCAAUCAGUGCUGUGUGCAGUGACCUAUUUUAUUUUCUUGGUUUCAAAACCUGGACAAAUCAAAUGGUCCAUUUGCUAAAAUAACACAGAAAUGAGGAAAUGCUUUUUGUAAUUUGAGUGAACUGGCCCUUUCUACACUUGAAAUAAUGUAUAUUUACAAUCAGCUCUUUAUUACUUAUUGUGUGCAAGUAAUGUGACAAGCCUUUAUAUGAAAGCAGAGGUCAAUAUAAGUGUCAACCCAGAUCGACUCAGUUUCCUUUAUUUCCUUUAAAUGUCACGCUACCAUCAUAAACAGUUUUCCUCACACGAGGAAGAAAUGCAGCAAUGACUCGAAUGAGUCUCAACGGCGCUGCCCCCACAGAGACAACAACAAGAAGCCCGCUACCAUCUCCGAGGGACGUUCAGUGAUCCAAGCGAAUCGGAGACCACCUGGAGGUUCCAUUACAGUGCACCAUGGGAUACUCACUCC